ACUACGUCGUUUAUCAUCCUCCAAAAAAAAAACGAUUUUUUUUUUCUUUCUUCGUCUAAUUGCUUUCCCAGAAACGAAUUUGGAUCUCCACUUUCGUUGGCCGAUCUUCUUCGUUCUCUCUUUCAGUUACACUGUUCUAAUCUUUCGCUCAACCAAUUGAGAGAUGGAGGACGAGGUAGUAGUACAAGUGGAGAAGACGAAGAGAGAAUGGGACGACGCGUACGAGAAGACCAUCGAACAUAUCAUAGCGAUACAAGAGUACGGUAGCGAAUCAAGUAGAGGAGGCGAGGAGAAGAUUUCUCUACAGAGGCUCAACGGAUUGGCUCAGGACGGUCUCUCUCUUCUCAACUCUCUUCAAUUCAAUCUCGAUCUCCUCGCUCCUCAGCUCCCUUCUGAUCACCAGGUCCAGUCCACUCACUCCAUGCUUGAAACCUGGAAGAAUCAGUAUCAAAGUUUGAGGGUUAACCUGAGAAGUGCUAAUUUGAAAGCAAAGGAUAACAUGAGGAAAGCUGCUCAACAAGAGAGAGAGCUUCUUCUCGGUGGUGGAACAGAGUCCACUGAUCUCAGACGUAAACGACAAGCAAAUGCUGGCGUGACGUCGGAUGCUGAAAGCAUAACUGAAAGUCUCAGGCGUUCACGGCAACUGAUGGUGCAGGAAGUGGAGAGAAGUACAAACACUCUCGUGGCCUUUGAUGAAUCUACUGGAGUACUUAAGAAAGCCGAGAGUGAAUACAAGGGACACAGGUCUCUCUUGUCGAGGACUCGGAAUCUACUUUCUACAAUGCAACGUCAAGACGUAAUUGACAGGAUAAUCCUCAUUAUUGGAUUUUCCCUCUUCGCCUGCGCUGUUCUUUACGUUGUUUCAAAGCGGAUUGGGAUUCUGAGACUGCAACAGCUGGCUACGGCUGCCAUUAAAUCUCGACUGGCUGGAAAAGCAGCAAAUGGUGAUGCCAUGCCUCUCGGACAACAGUUUGAUGCAGGGAAUACAGUUCCAAAUGUUGAUAUUCCUAUGCAACAACCCCUGCACGAUGAACUUUAAAAGCUAUUUUAGAUGCUCAAGCUCCUGAUAUUUGCACUGUAUCGAAAGGACCCAGUUACUUGUUCAUUAAGUUCAUGAAUAUAUAUAUUACUAUAUGUCACGUAGGAGUGCUCUCCCUACGUGAGAGUGAGAGUCAAAAGUCUUUUUUUAGGCUCUGCUCUGUUUAGUUUUUGAAUCAGAGUGAGAGGUGAGUCUUGUUUUGUUCCUUUGAAUUCACAUGGAAAUUGCAAAAUCUCAGCUUUCAUUUCA